AUUACCCAAUAUGGCGGCGAGGCUCAACCGUCGUUUGUCGUUGUCGUCGAUGAACAGAGCUUAGCCAGACGAUUUACUUAAAAAAACCUACUUAAUAACCAACGGAUAUCGGCUACGAUAGUUAAAAAUUCUCGUUUUCUGAAUUUGUUGUUGCAUAAACGGUUUCUGUCGCAAAGAUGAGCUACACUACGAAGGUGGUCCAGGUGACUAAUGUGUCGCCGAGCACCACGUCCGAGCAGAUGAGGACAUUGUUCGGUUUCCUGGGAACCAUUGAAGAACUCAAGUUGUUUCCUCCAGAUGAUUCUCCGAUGCCAGUUACAUCGCGGGUCUGCUUUGUGAAGUUCCAGGAGCCCGAGUCUGUAGGAGUGUCUCAGCAUCUGACUAACACUGUGUUUGUGGACAGAGCCUUGAUCGUGGUCCCAUUUGCUGAAGGAUCUAUUCCAGAUGAGGCUAAAGCUUUGUCCCUGUUGGCACCGGCCAAUGCUGUUGCAGGAAUUCUGCCUGGAGGCGGCCUUCUUCCAACACCGAAUCCCAUGCCUAAUCCAGGUCUUGGACAGAACCCCUUUGGUGGUCCAGGCAUUGAUCCAAUGGCAGCAUUUGGAUUCCCAGGACCCAACAUGAACCCCCAGGCUGCUGACCAACUGUUAAAAAUGAUGACGGAUCCAAAACUUAAUCCCUUGGCUGCUGGUCUAAACCUGAGUGCAAGCCUGAAAGCUGACGCAUCUAAUAAAGAGAUUGAAGAGGCCAUGAAGAGAGUGAGAGAGGCCCAGUCGCUCAUUUCUGCUGCUAUUGAACCUGGACACAAAGACAGCAAAAAGAAGCAUUCUCGCUCUCGGUCCCGGUCCAGAAGACGAAGAUCCAGGUCUCGUUCAAGACACAGGCGAACCAGGAGCAGAUCAAGGCGUAGAUCAAACUCAAGAAACAGAAGGCGCUCCAGAAGUCCACGUAGGAGACAUACCCACUCUCGAGACAGAGGACGAAGAUCUCGAAGCAGGUCCAGAGAAAGGAAGAAGGAUGAUGGUGGCGGGAGAAAAAAAUCCAAAACACCACCCAAAAGCUACAGCACAGCCAGGCGGUCUCGCAGCAUCAGCCGGAGACGCAGGAGAAGUCGCAGUGCCAGCAGAUCUCCUCCUAAGAAGUCUCCUAAAAGGAGAACCUCUCCAACUCCAUCUCCUCGGAGACAUAAGAAGGAAAAGAAGAGGGAAAAGGAAAAGGAACGGGACCGCAGGAGUGAUAAAGAGCGCAUCCGUGAAGAACGAGAGCGUUCCACCAGCAAGAAAAAGAAAAGUAAAGACAAAGAACGGGAGCGAGAAAGGAAAUCCGAUGGAGAUAAAGCAGAUGUGAAGAUCACCAGAGAUUAUGAUGAAGAAGAACAAGGGUAUGACAGCGAGAAGGAGAGGGAGGACAGGAAGGAUUCAGACGAUUCUGCUUUGUCUCCUCAGUCUGUAGAAGGUAACGGCACGUCGCGGCUCGUGAAGCAGGCCAAAGUUAACGGUGCAGAUGAUCACCAUGAAGAGGACAUGGAUGUCAGUGACUGAGUGGUCUGCCCCACUUUACCCCCCACAUUAUCCCUCCAGUUUGUUUGUAAAUAUACUAUGUGUUUUUUUUUUUUUCCAAAAAUCUAAAAUGUGAAGUGUUGGAGAAAUAAAAAAAAACUGUUAAUUGUGCUGAUGACAAUACUGUUUUUUGCAGAAUUGUUUGGCUAAUGACUUUUUCUCGGUUUGUCAUAGUAAGUAUUCAGUGGCUCUUUGCCACCACAGCUGUGAUUAGUAAAAACUGGAAUUAGAUUGGACUUGCUUCUGUCGAGCUCGUUAUCAAACUUUGUCACUUCUUGUAUUGUAUCUUGUGUUUUUUCAUAUGUGUUUGCUGUUAUGUCGGGUCUUUUUUCCCUCCUUCACAUAGAAGUUGCAUCUUGCUCAUGUGGAAGUGUUUUAUCAAGGAUACCUUUUUAUAUAAUAAAGCCUGUUUAAAGAGCAA